CAACAAUUCUGUCUUUGAGGUCCCUUGUCACGUGAGAUGGGUGAUGUUACAUUGUGGUGGCAACACUGAUGUGACGGGAAGAAUCAAUGUGGAUACUGAAUUAGACGGUAUUCUGUUCCUUGCUCUGGUUGCCGGCCUAACUAAACUAGCGAGUUAAUCUUUGAAAACAUGGAUAACUCUGGAAAAGAGAAGGAAGCCUCGGCUCUCAUGGCCGAGGCUGAAAAGAAACUCAAAUCAUCUCAGUCGUUUUUCGGGGCGUUAUUUGGUGGCUCGUCCAAAGUGGAGGAGGCCUGCGACAUGUAUGCCAGGGCUGCCAACAUGUACAAGAUGGCAAAGAACUGGUCUGCUGCAGGUAACGCAUUCUGCCAGGCUGCCCGGCUCCACCUCCAGGUGCAAAGUAAACAUGACGCUGCCACUAACUUCAUAGAUGCUGGAAACGCCUUCAAAAAAGCUGACCCACAAGAGGCUAUCAACUGUCUGAACCGGGCCAUCGAGAUCUACACUGACAUGGGGCGGUUCACCAUUGCAGCCAAACAUCACAUCUCCAUUGCAGAGAUCUUUGAGACGGAGCUAGUGGACAUCGAUAAGGCUAUUGCUCACUACGAACAGGCAGCAGACUACUACAAAGGAGAAGAGUCCACCAGCUCUGCUAACAAGUGCCUUCUGAAGGUGGCCACCUAUGCAGCUCAGCUGGAGCAGUAUCAGAAAGCCAUAGAGAUCUAUGAGCAGGUUGGUACGAAUGCAAUGGACAGCACCCUGCUGAAGUAUAGUGCUAAAGACUAUUUCUUCAAGGCUACUCUCUGCCAUUUCUGUGUGGACAUGCUUAACGCCAAGCUGGCCCUGCAGAAAUAUGAAGAGAUGUUCCCUGCCUUCUCGGAUUCUCGAGAAUGUAAACUGGUGAAGAAACUUCUAGAUGCAUAUGAAGAGCAGAAUGUGGAGGCCUACACCGACGCGGUGAAGGAAUAUGAUACAAUCUCCCGGUUGGACCAGUGGUUGACCACUAUGCUCCUCCGCAUCAAGAAGACCAUUCAGGAUGACGAGAGUGACCUCCGUUAACCUCCCCCUACACCCCCUCCUCAAACCCCACUGACCCCCCACACCCCCUCCUCAAACAAAAAAAAACCCUGCCCACCC